UUUAGGCGCGGGCAAUCGAGUGAGGAGCUCGGAAUCCAGGAGACCCCAGUCCCGGCUGGCGCAGCUCUAGGUCGCGAGCGGAUUCCACUGGGUCCUGCCGGGUGGCACACGCGCUGCCACCAUGCUGCCCCCGUGCUUAGAGCAGGAGCUGAGUGAGCUGCUGGCUCGCAAGGAGGAGGAAUGGCGAGCUCUGCAGGCCCAGCGUGCCCUGCUGCAGGAGGCAGCCCUGCAGGAGGCUCAGCACCGCCUGGAGGAGGCCCAGGGGAAGCUGCAGCGCCUGCAGGAGGACUUCGUCUACAACCUUCAGGUGCUGGAGGAGCGGGACCGGGAGCUGCAGCGCUAUGACGCUGAGUUCGCGCAGGCCCGCAGGCGGGAGGAGGCUGGGCAAGCAGAGGCCAGCGAGCUCAGGAUAGAGGUGGCCAAGCUGAGGCGGGAGCUCAGCAGAGAGGCCAGGCACACGGAGGAGCUGCAGCAUCAGCUCCAGCUAACGCUGCAGGAGCACCGCCUGGAGCUGGAGCGUGUCCACAGUGACAAGAACAGUGAAGUUGACCAGCAGCGGGAGCAGUGUGAGACGCUGAAGUGGAAACUGGAAAGGACACUGAAGGAGUUUGACAGUGAACUUGCUCUGCAGAGACAGGAGCUGCUGCUGGAGUUUGAGUCUGAAAUGCGGCGAAGGGAACAUGAGUUCCAGCUGAGGGCUGAGGACAUGAGCAAUGCAGUCCUGACCAAAGAGCUCGAGCUAAAACAGCUGAACAAAGAGCUCCGGGCACUGAGAGAAGCGGGCGCACAGGCAGCAGAGAGUCUGCGGAAGGCAGAAACAGAGCACUUGGAAUUGGAGAGGAAGCUGCAGGGCCGUGCUCAGGAGCUGCAGGAUCUGGAGGCCGUGAAGGAUGCUCGGAUAAAGGUCGUGGAGGAGAAGCUUCACUCCGAACGGCUGACCCGGAAGAGAGCAGAGGAGACUUUGAGGAGGAAAUGUGAAGAGCUUGACCGUCAAGCCAUGGAGAAGGACGCAGUGCUGGCGGCAGUGAAGGGCGCCCACGCAGGGCAGCUGCAGGCGCUGGAGGCCACGGUGCUGGAGCUGCAAGCCCACUGUGAAACCCUUGAGGGCCAGCUGAGCAGGGCUGAGCGGAUGCACGCUGAUGAUGCCAGAGAGAAGAAGGCCCUUAUUGAAAGGCUUCGCGACGAUGCGGCAGCUGUGAAAGCUGCUUGGGAUGCCCAGAUCGAUCAGAUGUCCAAGGAUGCUGUCUCCAAAGACCUUCAGGUCCAGAUGCUGCAGGAGGAAGGGAUGAAGCUCAAAGCCCAGGUGGCCAGGUUCCAGCAGGACAUAGACAGGUACAAACAGCAACUGGCCCUGGCCGUGGAAAAGGAACAGAGCCUGGAGCGGGCGCAGGUACAGCUGUGCCUAGACUGGCAGCAUCGCUGUGAUGACGUUGAACGAGACCAGAUCCAGAGAUCAGAGACUUUGAUCCAAGGGCUAACCAAGGCCAGAGAUCAGGUUGCUGCGAAGCUCCAGGAGACAGAGAGGGCGCUGCGUCAGCAGGAGGCACUGCUGGAGGCUGUGUCACUGGAGCGAGACCAGGCCAUGGACACGCUGCGGACACACGGUGUCCUCGCUGGACCGCAGGCACGGGUACCUGCACAGCAGCGUGAAGGAGAAAUGAGGAAAGAUUUUCCAUCUAGUGAGAUCCAGAGGCUCCAGGAACAGAAUGCAGGUCUGCGGAAUGCUGUUGCACAGAUGAGGAGAGAGAUGGAAAUGCUGAGCGGGCAUCUUCCCCCUGCUCACUCGGAAGAGCGUUUAGAUGCAGGUCCUGAUCCCAAGGCUGGAGGAGAUUCGGCCCCUCCAGAUUAUGUUCUGGCCCUUGAAGCAGAAAUGCAAAACCUAAAGGAUAAAAUUAAGGCUCUGGAAGAGCAGCUGCAAGGCAUGGAAGAGCCAGUGAAGACAUCCCUGACCACUGCUGACCCACACCCUGGUGCCUGUGGCUCUGCAGAAGCAGCCGGUUUGGCCCUGACAGACCAGGAGUCUACUGCGCUGGCACUCAGAAAACUUGGAGACAGAGUGCAUCUCUUGAACUUGCUGCUGACACAGCUCAGAAAGAAGCUGCGGCACAGACCCCUGGAGCUGGGCACUGUCCAGCACGAGCUCCCCAGGGAAGUGGGCCAGGUGCACCUGGAGGUUUCGGAGCUGCAGCAGCAGGUGGCUGAGCUAAGGAAGCACCUCACAAUGGCAGGUCCCCAGCGAGAGCCUCCUCACAGGCAGCAGCUACAGAGAGAGGGUUUGGCUGACUGGAGACCUGUGGGCAUGGAGGACCAGACAGAGUCCCCUAGUUUCCCCCUGGAAGGGGCACAGCCUCUGCAGACCCUGUCUGUGCCGCAUCUGCAAAGGAAACUAAAGGACGCAGCUAGGAAGAUCCUCAGCCUCCACCUGGAGAGGGAGCAGCUCCUAGAAAUGGGGAAUAGACUCCGAGCUGAGCUGGGCCACCCUAAAGGGAACCUGCCUCAUGGCCCACCUCCUCCCACCUCUGAGCCCCAGGACGCCCUGGAAGUGCCUGAGAAGCCUUCAGGCCACCGCCCGCCUCUGGGACAACUGCAGCUCCACUCAACAGCUCAGGACCCCAGGCACACUGAGAGAAAAUGUGUUUCUGAAUAUGCACAGAAAAGUCAACCCCACUCGGCCCAAGCGGUCAGCAAAGACAACUCCCCACGAGGCCGAAAGGCAGGCACAGCAUCAAGGCCUGCUCAGAAGCCCCACAGAGCUGCAGAGACUUGGAAGUCAGCUGAUCAGAAGGAGAACAGGCCCCCAAGGGCACCGCAGGCGCCGACAGCCCCUGAGGAAAGCGGGUGCUGUACCCACACCUCAUCGCCAUUGGCCAGCAGUUCCCUGCAGGGCACUUGGAGGCCGCUAGACCUGGGAUCCAGCCUUCCAGGCGUGCCCUCCCAGGGUGGCUCUGCCUCAGUGACCCUGUGCCUCCCAAGUGCUGGGAUUACAGGAACUACAGGAUCUACACCUGCUUGCUUUAAAGAGUGAGGAAGUGUCAGCCCCGAAGAAGCAAAGAGGAGCCCAAACACACAUCACAUUGAGAAGGGACGCUUUUUGAUUAGAUUUUGGUGUCUUGCUAUGUAGUCCCGGCUAGCUUGAACCUGGCCACAGCCCUCCCGCCUCUGCCCUCCCAGUGCUAGGAUCACAAACAUGUCCCCCUGUUCUGCCUCUAGAACAGAUCACUGGUGGCUUUCAGAGUGCUCUCAGUGGGGUUAGUCCCCUGGCUGAAUGGUUUCCCAGAGAGUGGGAUGGACAACUCAGGAAGCAACAAUCAGGAGCCACAGUCCAGGGGGAGGUGGAGCAGGGGCUAGCAGCAGGAGCUUGCCGUGAGCAGGUGGGCGAGGUGGGAAAGGGGACGGAGGAGGUGAGGGUGCGAUGCCAACCUUGCGGUGACCUUGGGCAGGACAGCCAACUACUCCCCGUCCAGGACAGUGACUGGAGCAGAGGGCAGACUGGCUGCCAAUGCUGACACGCCUUCCCCGUUCUCAGACUUUCCACUCUGACUCUUGAACAGUAGCUGAGGGCACCUCUGCCAGGCAGGACCUGUGUGUCCAACAGCAGGAGAGCUGGGCCUGGGUCAGAGUGAGAGUGCGAGCUGCUGUCCACAUGGUGUCCGCAUGCUGUCUGCAUGCAGCCUGGGAGCACCUGGCUGGCAGCUGGAGAGACAGCAGAAGCAGCACCCGUGACCAAAGGCUCCCGGGGAGCAUGGGCUGAGAGCAUGAUGGCGGCACCUGGCCGUGAGACGCUUGCAGCCGCAAGUCACAGGCUCCUGGUGAAGGUGCGUGGAGCAGAGCUUCACAGCAAGUGUGACGCAGCGCCAUGUCCGAUCAGCCACCGGGACCAGCACUGGCCAUGUCCUGCCACAGGCACCCUGCCCCCCCCCCCCCCCCCCACGGGCCAGAACACAAGCUUGCACCAACUUGCAGGGCCAGUAGGAGGAUGCGGCCUCUGGCUGGCCCCGGGCGGUCCACACUGUCCUCUUCCCACGGUGACUGGGAGGUCUUGUGAGUCACAAAGCCUGUCCCCUUCUCCCACAGAUUGACUUUUGUCAGUAAGGGGAUGCAUCCCUAGAGCCCACACACCUGCUUUCCGUGGCUGUCACGGCCACCCCGACCUGCCCAGGGGGCCGCUCACACCUGUGCCCUAGGCAGUCUGCCUGCUGCUUGGAGCUCCGUGGGGAAGAUGGGGAAGAAACAGCUGCCAUCCCCCAGCCUGAGUUCGGAAUGUGGCUGAUAGCUUUAGCAGCUAUUUCGUAAUGAAAGUAAAAGUUAAAAAAAACAAAAAGUGAGUUCAAGGCCAGCCUGGCCUACACAGUGAGUUCCAGGACAGCCAAUGCUACACAGAGAAACCCUGACUCGAAAAACUAAAAACAGCAAAGACUUCUGUCUUCAUGGUUCACCCAACAAAGGAUUUUGUUGAGAGAAGCUGGGCA